AUGGACCGCCGCCGUACCCCCGGCCUCUCCUCUCUCUCCUCCUCGCGCCUCCAAUCCCACCACUACACCACUCACGGCGCCACCCUCCGCACCCGCAACGCUGCCUCUCUCGAAACCCAACUCUCUGUCUUUCAAUCCCUGCUUCAUAACUUCGCCCUCACACACUCCAAGGACAUCCGCGCCAAUCCAGCUUUCAGGGCAGAAUUCGCACGCAUGUGCUCAGCACUCAACAUUGACUUCCUGGCAUCGAGUUACCACCGUGAGGGAUCGAAAACGGAGGGAGUAAGCGGGAACGGCGGGGAAAGCGGAGCGAUGAGCAAAGGAGAGAGCAUAUGGGCCCAACUCCUCGGCAGCAGCGUAAACGACUUCUAUUUCAACCUGGGGGUGCUAAUUGUGGAAGAAUGCCGAGCUACACGCUCUGAAAAUGGCGGCCUGAUUUCCCUCUCCGACCUGAAAUCUCGCAUCUCAAAAUCGACCAGAAUUGGUGGCAGCAUGUCUGUCAGCGAUGACGACAUUUCGCGCGCCGUGGAUGCGCUUGCGCCGCUGGGCUCGUGCUUUAGCAUUGUCAAGAUUGGUCACAGGACGCUGAUUCGCAGUGUCCCUAAGGAGUUGAACACGGAUCAGAGUACCGUUUUGGAGGCGAUACAAGUCCUCGGCUAUGUGACGGUGAGUAUGUUGCAGAUUAAUUUGGGGUGGGAAAGUGCGCGGGCGAGGGCUGUGGUGGAGGAUUUGAUGGCGGACAGUCUGGUAUGGGUUGAUCGGCAGGCCGAGGAGAGCGAGUAUUGGAGCCCUGCGUUUAUGGUGGGUGGUGGUGCUGUUGGAGUAGACGAGACGAGACGAGACGAGACGAAAUGA